CAUGCGCAGUGGGUCCGGAGCGGCGGUUAGUGAAGGAAUCAUGGCGUCCUCAGCUGCUCGGUGCUCCUCACGCUGGAUUACAGUCAUCGUGUCCUCUGGACCUCGCCGGGCCGCUGGUGCUGUUGUCUGCACUGGACAUGGAGGGGUCCGCAGUAUUUCUACAGUGGGAGCGGAAAAACUGUGGCGAGGAGGGAGCCUGGCGUGCGGCGGAGCAGGGAAAGCGUUGACAUUGAAAGGGCUGUCAGGUCUCAAAUCGCCUCAUGCUGUCUGCACACUGUCCUUUCACACAAGUGCCCCUGCUACCAGCAAGCAGGACUUCUACCAGAUUCUUGGGGUACCUCGCACAGCAAGCCAGAAGGAGAUCAAGAAAGCCUACUACCAGAUGGCCAAAAAGUACCACCCUGACACUAACAAAGAUGACCCACAAGCCAAGGAAAAAUUUGCUCAGCUGGCUGAAGCUUAUGAGGUUCUCAGUGAUGAAACAAAGAGGAAGCAGUAUGACACAUAUGGCUCAGCAGGCUUUGAUGCUGGUCAGGCUGGUGGAGGGCACCACUACUGGACUGGACAGACCAGCAGCAUGGACCCAGAGGAGCUCUUCCGCAAAAUCUUUGGGGAAUUCUCAGGAGGACGUGGGUUUGGAGACUUCAGUGCCAUAUUUGAUCAGCCACAGGAGCACAUCAUGGAGCUGACAUUCACUCAGGCAGCAAAGGGAGUCAACAAAGAGAUAUCGAUUAAAGUCGAUGCAGCCUGCCAGCGCUGCGAUGGCAAGGGCCACGAACCAGGCACUAAGGUCCAGCACUGCCACUACUGCAAUGGCUCCGGCAUGGAGACAGUGAAUACAGGACCAUUUGUGAUGCGUUCUACAUGCCGCCGUUGUGGCGGCAAAGGCACAGUCAUCUCUACCCCCUGUCACUCCUGCCAUGGGACGGGACAGACAAAGCAGAAGCAGACUGUGAUGGUUCCUGUGCCUGCAGGAGUGGAGGAUGGUCAGACAGUUCGAAUGCCAGUUGGUAAGAAGGAGAUCUUCAUCACGUUCAGGGUCCAGAAAAGUCCAGUGUUCAGGAGGGAAGGUGCAGACAUCCACUCUGACCUUUUCAUCUCUGUUGCACAAGCCAUCUUGGGUGGCACGGCAAGAGCACAGGGCCUUUAUGAAACACUCAACCUAUCAAUCCCUGCAGGCAUCCAGACAGACCAGAGGAUCCGACUUGCAGGGAAGGGAAUCGCUCGUGUCAGUGGCUAUGGCUUUGGAGACCACUAUGUCCAUGUCAAAAUAAAAGUACCUAAGACACUGACAGACAGGCAGAGAGCUCUGCUCCUGAGCUACGCUGAGGACGAGACGGAGGUGGAGGGGACGGUGAACGGCGUCACUGCCACCACCACAGGUGGGGGCAGCAGUGGUAAGAAGUCUGAGGCAGGGCAGAGCGGGUAUGACAAGAGGGAAGCAGAGUUGAAACAAGAGGGGGGCUUCUUCUCCAAAUUAAAGAGAUUGUUUAGUUCUUCCUGACAGCCACAAACCAGGUAAAAGAUCCUGGAACUGAGAGGCUCCACCAGCAGAUCAGAGGGCAGAGAGAAGGGCAGCGUUAAGCAAGGACACCCACAUUCUUGAAAAAGACACAAAGGUUUGAGAUGGGUGGCCGGAUGAGGCCUUACAAGGGUUCUGGAUGGAUCAGUGUGGACCUACCUGCCAUGUCCUGCAGUGGAUAAAGAAGAGGAUUACCUGCUCUGUUCCUCUGCCAAAGUGGAUCCACUCACAACAGGAUGUUCCAGUGCACCAGUCACCUCUCUGUCAGAUGUCCAUGGAAACAUGAUGAUAACACAACCCAUGCGUACAAAAUAAAUCAUUGUAUUGACAAAGACUACAAAUACAUCCAAAAGUUUUAUUCAGGAUUAAUUGACCCUCCUGUUAUUAAUCCUUUUGUUCUGUAUGCUUUGGUUGUGUUUUGAUGAAUUCUUCCUAAGAUUCUCAGCACUGUCAGUCCUAACAGGUCAAACAUUGUCAGACUACAUGUUUACUUUUAAGUGUUGGACAGUGUAGAAGUGUGUCUCCAGUGGUUAUCCUGGUCUUCUCUCUCAGAUGGAGGAUUAAACUGUUGGAAAUGUUAGAUUUUUUUGAUCUACAAACACCAAUAACUCUGAUCUGUCCUUCUUUUAAUCCCUUGCAUUAUGAGAGAAAUCACUUGCAAGUUCUUAACCAUAAUUACAUUUGUACAUAGACAGUGCUAGAUGAUACAUGCAACAAUGUGUCAUAAGGAGAUAUACUGUACAGCAAUAAUAAAGCUAUAAUCUGGGAAAA